AUGAGCUUGGGCAAACUGUGGCUCUUAUUCUCUAGGGGAUUCCUGGUCCUGUUUUUGCAGUUUUCUCUUUCUGAAUAUCAGAAUGUGCAGCAUAGCUGUCUCUUGGAAAGAGAAUACAGUCCUAUGUUUUACAAGGAUGGGGACCUGGUCAUAGGGGCCUUAUUGUCCAUGUUUGACUACCCUUUCGGCUCCCAAAAUCUUCUGCAAUUCACAUUUCCACCACUCCCGCCUACUAUGGAAUCACGGAAAAUGCUCAAAUACUACCAACAUUUCUUGGCCUUCCAGUUUGCUGUGGAUGAGAUCAACAAGGACACCUUUUUGCUGCCAAACAUAACCCUGGGAUACCACCUCCUCAAUAACUUCCACGACAGCAAUAUAGCUGUGGAGAGCUCCUUGAUAUGGCUGUCAGGGAGGGGUAGGACCAUCCCUAACUACAGCUGUGACAGGCAGAAAAAGUCAGUGGCUGUCAUUGGAGGGAUAUCAGGUCCAUUGUCUUUGUCAUUUGCCAAUAUACUAGGACUCUAUAAAGUCCCUCAGAUUAUCUAUGGUCCAUUUGAUCCCCUCCUGGAUGAUAAGGUUGAAUUACCACAUGUUUAUCAGGUGGCCAGCAGGGAUUCCACUCUGCCCCUGGCAAUGAUUAAAUUGAUGUUGCAUUUUGGCUGGACUUGGGUGGGACUGAUUCUUUCAGAUGACAUGAGAGCGGAGAUUUUUUUCAGAGAUGUGAAAGAGGAGAUGAUCAAAAAUAAUGUUUGUGUGGCCAUUAAGGAAAUAAUUUCCCAAGACUGGCUUAAAUUAUCUGGUGAAUCAACAACCCUUUCUAAGAUACUUUUAUCAUCAUCAAAUGUGAUUUUCAUCUAUGGAGAUACAAACUCCCUCCAAAAACUUUUUCCAGCAAUGGAUUAUUUUCCACUCUAUGAGAAGUUGUUGGUCACUACUUCCUCCUGGGAUUUUACUGUACAUUCUGAUAAAGGAAUUAGCAAUUUUCAUGGUACAAUAAUAUUUUCUCAUACCAAGACUGAGGUUCCUGGUUUCACAGAUUUCCUAAAAGCAAUGAAUCCCAUAAAAAAUCCAGAGGACAUUUUCCUAAAGACUUUCUGGGAGUUAGCCUUUUCUUGUACACUUUCAGAAGGAAGACCCGAAGAAAUAACAUUAUCGUCUUGCCUAAAAGAUAAUUCCUUGAAUGAUGUUGAGCCUAUCUUUCUUGACAUGAUCAUGUCUGACCUGAGUUCUAAUGUCUACAAUGCUGUGUAUGCUGUAGCCCGUGCUCUCCAUGAAAUCCUCCACACUCAGUCAAAGGAGACAGUAUUUGGAGAAAUCCCAGCACUUUCUUGGAAGCUCCACCAUUUGCUGAAGUGCAUCAACCCUGGUAAUACCAGUGAUGAGACAUGUGGGGAAAGAACCAAGAUGGCUGCUGAGACAUAUGAUAUCCUGAACUUUAGAUACUUUCCUGAUUUUAUUAAUACUCUGGUGAAAGUAGGUGAAGUGACCCCUGAGGGAUUCAGUAUUGAUGAAGAAUAUAUAGAUUGGCCAGAGGAUUUCUCUCAGACACCUACUUCCAUAUGUAGUGUGAGCUGUGGUCCUGGAUUCAGGAAGACAGCCCGUAAGAAUGAGCCCAUCUGCUGCUUUGACUGUAUCCCAUGCCCUUAUGGGGAGAUUUCCAAUAGGACAGACUCAAGAGAGUGUCUGAAAUGCCCUGAGGAUCAAUACCCAAGCAGGGAGAGAGAUCAAUGCCUCCCCAAGACCGUGACCUUCCUGGCCUAUGAAGAUCCUCUGGGGAUGACUCUGGCCUGUGCAGCUCUCUGCUUCUCCAUCCUCACUGCUCUGGUCUUAGGAGUCUUUGUGAAACACAGAGACACCCCCAUAGUCAAAGCCAAUAACCGCAGUCUUAGCUACAUGCUGCUCGUCUCCCUCACUCUCUGCUUCCUCUGCUCAUUCCUGUUCAUCGGCCGCCCCACCACAGCCACUUGCCUGCUCAGACAGACCACUUUUGUAGUUGUGUUCACAGUAGCCAUUGCCUCCAUUUUAGCCAAAACCAUCACAGUAGUUUUAGCCUUUAGGGCCACAAAGCCAGGGAGCAGGCUCAGGAGGUGGCUGGGCUCCACAGCAUCUUUUUCUCUCAUCUUUAUGUGUACUCUAAUUCAAAUGUGUCUCUGUGGCAUCUGGCUAGGGACAUGUCCCCCUUUUCUUGAUACAGAUGUACACUCUGAGCCUGACCACAUUAUCAUCGAGUGUAAUGAGGGCUCCAUCAUUGCUUUCUACUGUGUCCUGGGCUAUGUGGGCCUCCUGGCCUUGGGGAGCUUCAUGGUGGCUUUCCUGGCCAGGAAUCUGCCUGACACUUUCAAUGAAGCCAAAUUCCUGACCUUCAGCAUGCUUGUGUUCUGCAGUGUCUGGAUCUCCUUUUUGCCCACAUACCAGAGCACCAAGGGGAAGUCCGUGGUGGCUGUGGAAGUAUUCUCCAUCUUGGCCUCCGGUGCUGGGGUUCUCAGCUGCAUCUUUGCUCCCAAGUGCUACGUGAUCCUUUGGAGGCCAGAGAGAAACACUGGAUAUCACCAUGCCCUGGAAAAAACAUACUCAUCAAGUAGUAUAGAAAUAUAA